UUUCAUAAAACCAGAUACCUGCGGUCUAACGCUCUGCAGACCCAGAACGUCACGGUUCUACCCCGCAAGUUGUGUAAUACCGGAGAAAACAGGUUAUUAAGUCAGAAGUGUUACAGGAAACAGCAGAGCCGAAAACUGAUACUGGGCUGAUGUAUCCGGGCACUGAGGAGUAUUUUUACUAAAUUAGUAGGUGGAGCAUUUCAACCAAAACAAGUCAAUUAACAGAUAACAUCAGAACCGGUGACAUCGGCUUAUAAAUAGAUUGCAAUCACAUGGAAAACCAAUAGAAAAAAAUGGAAGUAAAGAAACUGUGUCACUCAGAAUCCAACUCAUCCUGUAAAGUGGUGUAAAGUCACUUGCCUUGCUCCAUGGAUGACGAUCUUGAAGAAAAGAACUUGACCUACCGAUGUAUCUUUGAUGAAGACUUCAAGUAUAUCCUCCUUCCCGCGUCUUACGCUAUUGUAUUUGCCUUUGGCUUCAUCCUCAACAUCUUCUCCCUCUACAUCUUCAUAUUUCGGAUUCGUCCAUGGAAAGUGGUCAACAUUUUCAUGUUCAACCUGGCGCUGUCAGACUUCCUGUACACUUUGUCUUUACCAUUGUUGGCAUAUUAUUACUCCAAAGCCAACGACUGGCCCUUCACUGAGCCCUUGUGCAAGAUUGUCCGUUUCCUCUUCUAUACCAGCAUGUACUGUAGUAUCCUCUUCUUACUGUGCAUCACAAUUUACCGAUUCCUGGCGGUUUGCUACCCCAUGCAGUUUCUACGUUGGGGCCACAUCCGUUAUGCAAGGAUAGCCUCAGUUUGCAUCUGGAUUGUCGUGGUUGCCAUGCAAUCUCCUACGUUUUAUUUCGUCACCAUCUCCACCAGUGACAAUCAUAACAGCACCGUUUGCCACGAUACCUCCAGCAUUGAACUUUUUGACCAGUUUGUCAAUUACAACACCGUCAACCUGGCCUUGCUCUUCUGUGUCCCCUUCACCAUUCUCAUCUCUUGCAACUCCUACAUGAUUUAUGUUCUCACCAAGCCAAUGGAGAACAACUCUCAGAACACCAAGUCCAAGAGGAAGUCCAUCAAGAUGAUCAUCACAGUAAUGUUGGUCUUCAUCAUCUGUUUCCUGCCAUUUCAUGUCACCAGGACUAUGUACUACUAUUUCCGUAAGGUGGACACUGCACCGUGUGCCACGUUAGAGGCGGUUAAUGUGGCCUACAAAUCAAUGCGACCUUUGGCCAGCGCCAACAGCUGCAUUGACCCAAUCUUGUACUUUCUAGUUUGGAGGUUCAGGUUAAGACCGAACAGUUCUUAAAAUCUGUGAACUGAUACAAUGUUAUGUAUGACUAUUGUUAUUAUAUAAACUGGUUUAUUAUACUUUUAA